AUGGCGAAAGGCAGAGACAGUACUGCUCAUAUGCGUGAAUUUAUCAAACGCCUCCGAGCCCGUUCCAACGUUUCUGAAAGUCCUCAGCCGCAAGAAGGGGAAGCGCCGCCCCGUUACGCUCGCUCUGCCAUUACUGGUGAGGUAAGAGUUGUUGGUCAAAAGGGACCUCUCACAACAUCGUUUCCAUCACCCCACCGCCGACUGUUGAGUCAUGUGGAAAAUAUAACUGCCACCACCACCUCGAAGCCCGAAGAACCUCCGCUGCCUCCUGCGCUUCAAAUAGUGCCGGAUGCCGCGGAAUGGGAGCAGAACACCGGGACAAAACAACAAAGUUGCAGGGAGAAACCCGUAAACCCGGCAGCAAAGUCGGAGCCUCGACAUGGUGCGAAAAAAGUCAGCAAAUCAGGGAAUGCCAGCGAUGUAUUGGAGAGACACAAGAAGCGAUGA